UUGUGUUCGUGGUAUUCAUUCUACUUUCUAGAUCCACUCUGUUCACCCUUCGUAAUGGCUCAUGUUGCAAGGUUGAUAUCAGGCUGUCGCCAGUCUUUUCAGACAGUCCUCCAGCGAAACGCUGGUGUAGUUGGGACAGUGCCAGUGAGACACCUCAACUUACAGGAGUACCAAAGUAAGAAGCUGAUGCAGCAGUAUGAUGUUAACGUUCAGAAGUUCAUGGUUGCUGAUGAUGCUCAACAAGCAGUCCAGCAAGGCAAAGACUUGGAUGUGAGAGAGAUUGUAUUGAAAGCUCAGAUACUGGCAGGAGGUAGGGGUAAAGGAACAUUCUCUAGUGGUCUCAAAGGAGGAGUUCACCUAACCAAAAACCCAAAUGAUCUUGGUCCAUUAGUAGAACAGAUGAUUGGAGCCAAACUCACCACCAAACAAACUCCCAAGGAUGGGGUUCUUGUUAAAAAGGUAAUGGUAGCAGAGGCAUUAGAUAUUGAAAGGGAAACAUAUUUAGCCAUCUUAAUGGACAGAGGUAUGAUGGGACCAGUCCUUAUUGGUAGUCCAGCUGGUGGAGUUGAUAUUGAAGAGGUAGCAGACAAAACCCCAGAGCUUAUAUUCAAGGAACCUAUUGACAUUUUUGUUGGCAUCACUGAUGAACAAGCUGUUACCAUGGCAAAGAAUCUUGAUUUUAAAGGGGAUCUUAUCAGGGUGGCAGCAGACCAAAUUAAGAAUUUAUAUAAAUUAUUCCUUGGAGUAGAUGCCACACAAGUUGAAGUCAAUCCUUUUGGAGAAACAGAUGAUGGAAGAGUGGUAUGCUUCGAUGCCAAGAUCAACUUUGAUGACAAUGCAGAGUUCCGUCAGAAGGAGGUCUUUGCAAUGGACGAUAUGACCGAGGCAGACCCCAAGGAAGUUCUAGCAGCUGAACAUAACCUUAACUACAUUAGUAUGGAUGGCAAUAUUGGAUGCUUAGUAAAUGGUGCUGGACUGGCCAUGGCAACCAUGGAUAUCAUCAAGCUUCAUGGUGGAGAGCCAGCAAACUUCUUAGAUUGUGGUGGUGGAGUAGGAGAGUCUCAGGUCUUUGAAGCAUUUAAACUUAUCAGCUCAGAUGAAAAUGUAAAAGCUAUCUUAGUGAAUGUAUUUGGCGGUAUUGUAGAUUGUUCCAUAAUUGCUAAUGGCAUCACAUCAGCUUGCAGAGGAAUGGAUCUUAAAGUACCCCUUGUGGUCAGGUUAGCAGGGUUCAAUGUAGAAAAAGCUACUGACAUUCUCAACGACAGUGGUCUUCCAAUUAAAAUUGCUUCUGAUCUUGAAGACGCUGCCAAGAAAGCUGUGUCUUGCCUUAAUUAACAACAUAGUAGAAAGGCCCAUUAACAUGAACAGGAUUCUGUACUGGAUUCAAAGGAUACAUCAAGCUUUAUCCAUACAUGGCACAAUGAACUUUCUUAAAACUUUGCUGGUGUAAUAAAAGACAUCAGUUUUGGACACACAACCUUUUAGAACCCAGCUCUAAAUAAAUAUCACUUGUAGAGUAGUGAUAUAGCUGCUGCAAUAUUUUUGGCCACCACUGGAUUAUUGAGCAGGAUUCUACACUUUGUGUGACGAACGAAUCAUUUAGCCGGAUACCGUCACUUAAUGUGAUAAAAAAAACUGCUGAAAGUGAAGAGGUCUUCAAAGUGUACCUUUAACUGAACAGUCUGUUACCUUAGGUUAAUAUAUUCUACAACAGGUCAUGGACGUAGAUAUUAGACAGAUCGCAUAUUGCAAUUUAGAAUUUAUCUCAAACCUCUGUAAGGAGUUCUCACAACUGGGAUUUUUGAUAUUGUAUGCCAACCUAGGUAUUGCAAGACAUUUUACCUCUUCAUCAUUAUGGAUAUCAAGAUUCGAAUUUUUAAAUUUGUUGAUAUCAAUAAAUCAUUUGGUAUUGUUAAUAAAAUAACAAUUACAAAUAUGAAGAUUUGGAUUAAAUAAACAGCUUGCAAAAGAGGUUUGUAUGUCAGCAUAUGCAGGCUAAAACAUCCAGGUAUGACCACUCUUUU